GAUCCGGGAUGGCCCAGGAGAAGGAGGAGCCCGGCAGCUCCGUGGUGGAGAUGGGCCGGAUCCGCUCCAGCUCCCGCUCCCCGGACUACGCCGACCUGGACGUAGUGGACGCCUUCUCCGAAAAGUCGGUCCGCAGGGCUUUCGUCCGCAAGGUGUACUUCAUCCUGGCGCUGCAGAUGACGGUCACCACGGGCAUCAUCUGCAUGUUUCUUUACGUGGAGCCGCUCAACAAGUGGGUGCAGUUCAACCGCUGGUUCACCUUUGCGCUUUUCCCAGCCCUGUUCGGCCUGAUCAUCAGCCUGGCCUGCUUCGAGGAGCCCCGGCGCCACCUCCCCCUCAACUUCAUCCUGCUCGGACUCUUUACGGUGCUGGAGGGGCUGCUGCUGGGAGCCGUGUCCGCGUUCUUCGAGGUGGAAGUGGUGCUGUGGGCGCUGGGAGCCACGGCCUUCGUCAGCUUCGGCCUGUCCCUGUUCGCCCUGCAGACCAGGUGGGACUUCACUGCGGCCCUGGGCUUCCUGUGGGUUCUGGUGCUGGUUCUCCUCGCCUACGGGAUCAUCGCCGCCAUCGUCCAGACCCAGUGGCUCAGGAUCUUGUACACAUCUUUUGGGACCCUGAUCUUUGCAAUGUACCUGGUGGUGGACACGCAGCUCAUGCUGGGCGGGCACCACCGCUACAGCCUGUCCCCCGAGGACUAUGUCUUUGCCGCCCUCAACCUCUACCUGGACAUCUUCACCCUCUUCCUGCUGAUCCUGGAGCUCAUCGGACUGACGCGUUAGGCCGGUGGCUGCCGGAGACCGUGCGUGGGCUGCCCCUGGGCGUUUAAUUUGUGCCCGCGUCCUCUGCCCGCCCCCUACCCCCAUGGCUCACCCGGCUCCAUUCGCCUCCUCCCGGCUCUCCUACCCACUGGCCGGAGCCGGUGGCGUCUCGUUAAAGUAAUAAAAUAACCAAUGACCAUC